AUGGGGCGGCGGCGGAAAGGGGCGGCGACGGCGGGGAAGUGGCUGGGAUUCGUGACGGCGGUGUGGGUGCAGUGCAUCUCCGGGAACAACUAUACCUUCUCCAACUACUCGGACGCGCUCAAGUCGCUCAUGGGGCUUACGCAGGUGGAGCUCAACAAUCUCUCCGUGGCCAAGGACGUGGGCAAGGCCUUCGGAUUACUCGCGGGCCUCGCCUCCGAUCGCAUCCCCACCCACUUCAUCCUCCUCAUCGGCUCCAUCGAGGGCCUUCUCGGCUAUGGCGUCCAGUGGCUCGUCGUCCGGCAAUCCAUCACCCCUCUCCCCUAUUGGCAGGUAAACUCUCCCUCCUCCCUCUCUCUCUUUCGGGGCAUUUCUUCGAGCACCUGCAGGUCAUUGAUGAAUGAUCUCUGCGUUUUUUUCAUGGUGUAGAUGUGCGUCUUCCUCUGCAUGGGGGGGAACAGCACCACCUGGAUGAACACGGCGGUGCUGGUCACCUGCAUCCGCAACUUCAGGAAGAAUAGGGGACCGGUUUCAGGGAUUCUCAAGGGUUACGUGGGCCUGAGCACCGCCAUCUUCACCGAUCUCUGCACGGCGCUCUUCUCCAGCAGCCCCUCCUCCUUCCUGCUCAUGCUCUCCGUCGUCCCCGCCGUCAUCUGCGUCGCCGCCAUGGUCUUCCUCCGCGAGGAGCCGGGGGCCGCCACGGAGGAGGACGACGAGCAGGAGACCCUCUUCUUCUCCAUCUUCAAUGGCAUCGCGGUGGUCAUCGCCGUGUACCUGCUGGUCUUCGACCUCUCCGGGCGCCACGGCCGCCUCCUAUCCGGCGCCUUCGCGGCGGUGCUGGUCGUCCUCCUGGCGGUGCCGCUGGGAGUCCCAUUUUACAUCUGGACCAAACAAAUCAACCCCACUCCUCUUCGUGAAGAUGUGGAGGAGGAGGCGGCGACGGUGAACACGCCGCUGCUGAGCGGAGAGACGGUGGCCGCCGCCGGCGAGAAAGCGGCGAAGCCCGCCGUCGCCGGCCUCCGGCCGGUGAUCGGAGAGGAGCACACGAUCAUGGAGGCGGUGCAGUCGCCGGACUUUUGGCUGCUCUUCGUCUCCUUCCUAUGCGGCGUGGGCACGGGGCUGGCGGUGAUGAACAACAUGGGGCAGAUCGGGCUCGCCAUGGGCUACGCCGACGUCUCCAUCUUCGUCUCCAUGACUAGCAUCUGGGGCUUCUUCGGCCGCAUUGGCUCCGGCUCCAUCUCCGAAUUCUUCCUCCGGUAAAAACCCUCCUCCUCAUUCCUCCUCUACUGGCUGCGCCGCCGUCGUCCUCGUCGGUGCAAGAUGAAUAAAGCCGUCGCUGCUACUGCUGUUGUGGUUGCAGGAAGGCGGCGACGCCGAGGCCAGUGUGGAACGCGGCGUCGCAGGUGCUGAUGGCGGUGGGGUACGCCGUCAUGGCGGCGGCGCUGCCGGGUUCGCUGUUCGUGGGCUCGGUGGUGGUGGGGCUCUGCUACGGCGUCAGGUUGGCGGUGACGGUGCCGACGGCGUCGGAGUUGUUCGGGCUCAAGUACUACGGCCUCAUCUACAACAUCCUCAUCCUCAACCUCCCGCUGGGCUCCUUCCUCUUCUCCGGCCUGCUCGCCGGAAUCCUCUACGACGCAGAGGUCGCCAAGUCCGGCGGCGGCGCUGCCGGACACACGUGCGUGGGAGCGCACUGUUACCGCCUCGUGUUCAUCAUCAUGGGGGUCGCCUGCCUUCUCGGCUUCGCCCUCGACGUGCUGCUCGCCUUCCGCACCAGGAAGCUCUACGCCAAGAUCCACGCCGCCCGCAAGUCCAGGUCGCCGGCGGCGACCUCGAAGGGCUGA